AAGGUCGAUCAAUGUGACAAGUAUUUAUAUUUACUCUGCGAUGAAAUAAUUUUGAAUCUUAAGACCGAAAACGACGCAAAAUCCAGCUAUCAUGCUGUCGUUAAAAGUUGGUAGGCAAGUUUUAGGCGCCUGUAAACUUGUAAACACGCCAUUGCUUCGUUGUUUUCUUCAUACCUCAAAGCCAACUUCAACUUUUGCCAAAGAUCUUUUUCUCGGACGUUGUAACAAGGCGAAAGUUUUCCCAUUUCCGGACCCACUCAAUGAAGAACAACGGGAAACCCUUACAAUGCUCGUUGAACCUGUUGAGAAAUAUUUUCAAGAAAAAGUGGAUUCUGCCGACAUUGACAAGAAAGCCAAAAUUCCCGAAGAUGUUAUGGGAGGACUAAGGGAUCUUGGAUUGUUUGGACUUCUGAUCCCUGAGAAGUAUGGUGGCCUUGGUCUUCUUAACACAAACUAUGCUCGAGUUACUGAAGCCUUCUCUGAUGCUAGCAUAGCUGUUACCCUUAUGGCACAUCAGUCCAUUGGCCUCAAGGGCAUUCUUCUUUGUGGAACGGAAGCACAGAAACAGAAAUACUUGCCAAGACUGGCUUCUGGUGAACAUAUAGCUGCAUUUUGUCUCACAGAACCCUCAAGCGGAAGUGAUGCUGCAUCCAUUCAAACUAGAGCCACGCUUAGUGAUGAUGGAAAACACUUUCUUCUCAAUGGCUCAAAGAUUUGGAUCUCUAAUGGUGGAUGGGCUGAUGUUAUGACUGUCUUUGCCAGGACUCAUAUCACAGAUGCCAAGGGUGAACAGCAGGACAAGAUAACUGCCUUUAUUGUGGAAAGGGAAUUUGGUGGCGUGACGAGUGGCAAACCUGAGGACAAGCUUGGAAUCAGAGGCUCAAACACCUGUGAACUUCAUUUUGAUAACACUCCGAUUCCUGUUGAAAAUGUUCUUGGGGAUGUCGGUGGAGGCUUCAAGGUUGCAAUGAACAUUCUCAACAGUGGUAGAUUUGGUAUUGGAGCAGGAGCUGGUGGAGGACUUAGAAGGUUGAUAGAUGCUGCGGCAGAACAUGCCACAUCAAGAAAACAGUUCAACAGGACAUUAUCAGAAUUUGGACAGAUCCAGGAAAAAUUUGCACGCAUGGCAUUGAAGCAGUACACAAUUGAAUCCAUGUCAUACUUAACAACUGGAUUGUUGGACUGUGGUGAGGAGGAUGCAUCUGUUGAAGCUGCAAUGUGUAAGGUGUAUGGCUCAGAAGGUUUGUGGGUUGGAGUCAAUGAAGCACUGCAGAUAUUAGGAGGACUUGGAUACAUGAAAGAUUAUCCAUAUGAAAGAGUGAUGAGAGAUUCAAGAAUCUUGAUGAUAUUUGAAGGCACAAAUGAAAUCCUUAGAAUGUACAUAGCAUUGACAGGAAUGCAGCAUGCAGGAAAACAAUUACAAGAAAUGGUGAAGUAUAUCAAGAACCCUUUUAGUAAUGUUGAGUUUAUGACUGAAUUCCUUACAAAGAGAGCUCUUUAUGCCUUAGGGCUGAAAGAAAACCUUCAAGGAAUCGCAAGUGUCGCGCAUCCGCAACUGGCGGAAAGUGUUAAAAGGUUGGAAGAGAAUAUUGCUGACUUUGGAAGAAUAUCUGAAAAGUUACUGUCAAAGUUUGGAAAGAAAAUAAUCGAGGAACAGCUGCUGUUGAAAAGAAUGGCAGAUGUUUCCAUCAACUUGUAUGGCAUGACUGCUGUGAUCUCCAGAGCAACAAGGUCUAUUAACCAGGAAUUACCAAGCGCCCAUCACGAGGCACUGCUUGUGGAUACAAUAUGUAAAGAAAAGUACCAUGCCAAUAAUGCGCUCUUUAAAGAAGUCAAAUCAGGUUCCACAAAGAAUGGAGACGAAGAACUGAAGAAAAUUGCUGAAGAAAUAUUCAGCAAGGGGGGCUGCGUGGCACCCCACACUUUGAAUGUAUAACGGCUGAAUAAUUUAUUUGAGAUGUACAUAAUUAUAUAAAUAAAUUAAAGGUUCGAGUUGAAGCAUAGAGAAACCUGAAAAAGUAUUUUCAACUGAAAAUAGCAGAACGAGCAAUUUUGCUGAUUGACUGACAAACACAAGGAGAUGUUUUCUAUGGAAUGAAAAGAAAAAUGUAACGAGAAAAGACCUUAAUACUCUUUUCAUCACAGUAAAUCAAAACAAGAUAAUAUACUGUGAAUCUCGAUAUGUUUAAUUUAUAAAUAAACACGUGAACUUUUAUUUCUUUGAUUGA